AUGGCCCCAUCCACCCUCGACCCCAAGACGCUCAGCGCUUUUGAGAAUGCCGCUGCUGGACAUGACGGCGUCCUCUCCGAUCCCACCGGCGCUCUCGUCAUCAAGCCGUGCACCGCCGCCGAGAUCGCCUUCUACGAGUCCGCCACGGCCUCGCACCCGGCGCUGGCCGCGUACAUGCCCACCUUCAUGGGCACGCUCGAGCUGAACAAGUCGCCCGAAGCCGCCACGCUCGCGGCCGCCGUCGCCUCGGAUUCGCCGGACCCCUCGGGCGCGUCGACGCCGGCGGUGGCGCCCAUCCCCGAGGCCGCUGCUCCCGCCUCUGGCACCGCCGCCGGCACCGGCACCGGCACCGCCGCCACGCUGUCGCUCGACGACGUGGGACCGAUGAAGGGCAAGAAGCUGUCGACCGACACGUCGAUCGUGCUGGAGAACGUGGCGGCGGGGUUCCGCAAGCCCAACAUCCUCGACCUGAAGCUGGGCGCGCGCCUGUACGACGACGGCACGUCCGAAGCAAAGGCCGCGCGGCUGGACAAGGUCGCGAGCGAGACGACGAGCUCGAGCUUGGGCUUCAGGAUCGCGGGCAUGAGGGUCUGGCAGGGCGAGGGGGAGAAGAAGGAGAGCGACGAGCAUGCCGUCUUCGACGAGGCGAGCGGGUACAAGACGUUCAACAAGCUGUACGGCAGGGUUUUCGGGGCGGAGAACGUGGUCGAGGGGUUCAGGGAGUACUUUCUCGUGCCGGGCGCGGGACACUCGGCGGACACGGCGAGACCGAUCGUCGCGAAGCUGCUGAAAGACGUCAAGGGCGCGCAGGCGGCUCUGGAGGCCGAGGAGAGCAGAAUGUACUCCGCUUCGCUGCUGUUCGUCUACGAGGGCGAUGCGAAGGCGGCGAAGGAGGCCGAGAAGGCCGCCGAGAAGGCCGAGCUCGACGCCCUGCAGACCGCGACUGCGGCCGGGGAGAAGGGACUGAACGAGGAGGACGACGACGAAGUCGAGCUCGAUGACGACGAGGAAGACGUGCCCAAGUUUGCCGUCGUCAAGCUGAUCGACUUUGCGCACGCCACCUUCAGGCCUGGCCAGGGUCAGGACGAGAACGCCCUGAGGGGCAUUCGCUCCGUCGUCAAAAUCCUUGAGGACCUGAAAGCCGAACUUGCAAAGGCAUGA